AUAUGUUAUGUUGGGAGGCAUGUUUUGUUUAUAGACGUCUAGACGAGAAGCGCGUGAAUGAAAAAGUGUUUGUUUGUAGUUGGAAGACAGAAAGUGUGGAAUAGGUGUUUCGUAGAAACUGUGCUUCAUAAAUGGCUGUGCAAUGCCACUAUUUUCAAAUAAAUUUUCACCCAGAAAACCGACACCACGAAAAGCCAUUGCCACUAUUGGACAGGAAAGGCCCACUGAGGAUCUCGGGUUGGAAGUUGGAGAAAUUAGGAUAAGGUUGGGAGAACAAGAAGCUGUAUUCGACAAGGGAGAAUGGCUGCCAGAGACUGGCCCAACAAGUGGAAUUCACAAAGAAAACAAGAAAUUGAGGAAAAGGCUACAAGAUCUUGAGAAUGAGAACAAUUUGCUUAAACUGAAAUUUGAAAUUCUUCUUGACAUGCUAACACAAACAACUGCCGAAGCUCAUCUCAAAGAAAAACAGAUGGAGAAACUGCAGUCAGCUAUGAAACACUUAAAACGGAGAAAUUGAAAACUAUUAUUUCUGCCGUCAGAUGAUUCUUGCUCUACAGAAAUAAGUUAUCACCAGCAGGUCUGAAAUACAUCAUGGUGUGAUAAAUAAUUUAUGAACGGAGACACUGCAACUGACUGUAGUGGUUAUUGUUAAGGAAAACUGAUGUUUUGUUCCACAGCUCAGACAAUGAAACACUUAAUCAGCGUGUAGAAGGUUGUCUGUAUAGAAGCUAAUUGCUGUAAAAUUGAAGCCUUCAGAAAUUUUUAAGGAAUACACUCUUUGUGGAUUUUUGUCAUACUGUUUAAGAAGGCUGCCUGAUAGUGUUUAGUGUGAGUGAAAAAUAAAUGACUUAAUAAUAAAAA